CGCGUACUCUCUCCUGUUCGUGCCUAAUCGAACUCAAUUGUAGACCAGUUCCACGUUAGAUACAGGGCACGAUUAAUCCGAAUUUAAGCGGCUCGAUUACAUCGUGAGUUUUUUGUUUGGUCAAAAUCGACAGUUGAAAUAAUAAACAAUAGGACAAAAUGUCGAAUGAUCCCGGCAAAGGCUCGCAAACACCCGAGGAAAUAAGGAGAGCACGCGAAAGGCUGCAUCCUUUUGGCACGGAUGUUGUACCGGUCACUCUGUCAGAUCGAAUGGGCGACGAGAGACGCAGAAUUCGCACCAUUUCCGGAGCGUUGCGUCCACCGACGGAGAACAGCGAGCCUACUAUCAUUGCGGGCGUUCGAUUGCCGCCAGGUACAGUUGUGACCCUUCAGAGUAGUGCCACCGGUAAUGAGAGAAGUAAUCAAGGCGAAAAUGAAGCCUCGUUGUCCGGGUCGACGUCACUGGAGUCGAACGAGGAUGCAACACCAUCAACCUCGAAGUCAAAAAAUAUUUUUCCUGGUCAUUUUGGUCAUUCCGUAGUGACUUCAACGCCGAGAAACAGUGCGAGUGGUUUAUCAACACAAUUGUUUGACCAAAAUAAUCUGGUGACACCUGAAAAUAAUUGGGAUCCAAGACAAGCUGCAUCUGACGGAAAGAUCCCUGUUCUUAAAUUAAGACGCUCAAAGACAAUGAAUCUUUCAACAAUAGAGGAAACAAAAGUAACAUGUAUUCCUAAAAGAAAACUUGACAAAAAUAUGGCUACACCUGAAAGUAGUUCGGAGCCAAGAAAAAAUAAAGAUGAUACGAAUAGUCCUGUUCCCAAAUUGAAACGCUUAACACCUCCAUCAACGGAGGAGCCACAUAUAACAGCUACUCCUAAACGAAAAAUUAACCGAAGUCUUACGGAUCGAUCUCUAAGUUGUCCAAAUCAAAGGCAAGCUUCAGAGGAGACAAGUAGUUCUGAUGAAAGUCCGAAACGUUCAGCACCAAGAGAACUAAUAGCAUGUGCUAUAUCGAAUAUAGAAACUGUUGAAGCUUCAAGUAGCUCGGUAUCGGGUACAUCAGUCGUUCAAUCGGAUAUGUCAAGUGGGAAUCGAACAGAAGACAGUUCCUCGUUGAAUGAAGAUAUAUCGGUACUGCCAGUAAAUUUCGAUAACAUGAACCUUAAAAUGGCUGACGCUCCUGACAGACCAUCAGAGACCGAGUCACAAGCAAUUCAAUCGCCCGAACUUCAAAAUGUAGAAACUUCAACAAAGACUAGUCCUGAAAAUUCUGUUAAACGAAAUACUGAGGAACAAGUGCCCGUGGUAAAUCAAUGCAAAAAAACUAGUGAUAGCGUCGCACAAUCUGGUAACGCUUCAACAUCGCGAGCAGAUGGAAUUGGCGCUGAAGCUAAUGAAAAGGCCGCAAACAUUAAUGAUGCAAAUAAUUGCAAAGGUGUUGCAGCAGCAUCAAAUGAACAAAAUCGAACGCUUUUGCGGUUGGAUGUUUUUGCUGUAGUAGGAGUUUCGAGCUCGAGUUCGAGCGAACAAAUAAGUGAAAUGAGUGAAAUGAGCGAAAUGAGUGAAAUAAGUGAAACAACUGAACCAGCUGAAACAAAUAGUGAAACAAAUAGUGAUAAAAGUGAGUAGGGAGUAAAAUUAGUAAAACUUUCGUGAUCACCUAAAAAUUACGAUUUUACAAUUGUAAAAAUAGACGUUUUCGAAACAAUUUUCCCUGUGAUAUCUUGAAAUAUCUCAAAUUUUACGAAAGAGCGUCGACCAAAGAAAUAUUACUUUUCUGCAAAGUAUUAAUAUAUUUUUCCUAAAGAAAACGACGACCAAUUUUACAUAUGUUUUAUAUUAUUAUAUAAUUUUGUACUAUAAAUUUUAAAACUGUAAAUAAAAAUUUUUAAACUA